AUGGCGCCGUCGGUCGGGGAGGACGUGACGGCCGCCGUGGAGGUGCGCAGCUUCGGGGAGCUGCAGGCGCAGCUGCGCGCGCUGUCCUACAGCGAGCCCGUGGGCGUGGAGAGCGUGCCACUAGUGCGGCGUCUGCUGGGGGACCUGGUGGCCGCUUCUACCGCGCGGGAGAAGGCGGAGCACGCGCUGGAGAAGGCGCAGAGGGACGCGCUCGAGUUCUCGCAGAUUCUACUGCCGCUGCGCAAGGAGAACGCGCACCUCACGCGGGAGAACAACAGUGUACGAAGGAGGUAG